AUGGCGUCUCUUUUGCGGAAGAUACCCUGGCCCAGCCGGGUAUGGAAACCCUUGACUUUCUCGAACUCUAAUUUCAUACGCAUUCCACCUGGCGAAAGGGUAGAGGAAGAGCUCUUCGCAGACUACAAAGCAUCGCGGUACUACCCAGUCAUCAUCGGUCAGGUCCUCAAGGAUCGCUAUCAGAUUGUAGGAAAGCUGGGCUUUGGUGCCAGCUCAACUGUUUGGUUGGCGCGCGACCUAGAGGGUCGUCGACAUGUGGCACUGAAGCUUUUCAUUCACUCACAGUCUAUGGGCGAACAAUUAGAUCGCGAGGUGUCUAUAUACAAGCGAAUUUCUAAUGCUUCUUCGACGCAUCCUGGUCGCGGCGCAGUCAGGGAGCUUCUCGACUCAUUCGAUAUCGCUGGACCAGAAGGAUCGCAUCGAUGCUUAGUGCAUCCUCCAUUGUGGGAAAACCUGCUGACUUUCCUUCACCGAAAUCCAGUUGGGAGAUUGCCUGUGCCCGUUCUCGCCUUUACGCUUCGGCGCAUGUUUCAGGCUUUGGACUUCCUACACACAGACUGCCAGGUUGUUCACACAGAUAUCAAGGCUGACAACAUCAUGUUCGGUAUCGAAGAUGAUUCCGUCUUCACAGCAUUCGAGGAAGAAGAGCUCAGCGACCCAUCUCCGCGGAAAACUGUGGAUGGCCGAAAUAUCUAUGUCUCACGAGAACUCCAGAUGCCAAAAGCCUGGGGUGCACCUGUUCUCUGUGACUUCGGCUCAGCCGUCGUUGGGGAAGUCAAACACCUGGAGGACGUGCAACCGGAUAUCUACAGGGCACCCGAAGUCAUCAUCGAAGCACCAUGGUCCUACUCAAUCGAUAUAUGGAACACCGGCUGUGUGAUCUGGGACCUAUUCGAAGGGGGUCACCUGUUCACAGGACACGAUCCAGAGUUUGAGAGAUACCGCAGCCGAGCGCACCUUGCAGAGAUUAUUGAUCUUCUUGGACCACCUCCACAGACACUGCUGCAAGCGGGCAGGUCGAGCCACAAAUUCUUCACGGAUACCGGAUGUUGUUUUGCUACAGGGGACCUACGUGGCGCCGACUCGGGGCUGCUGGCUGGUGCGUCAUUUGAGGAAAGGGAGACUUCCCUUGAGGGUGACAGUCAGAAAAAGUUCCUCGCCAUGAUGCGGAAGAUGCUUCAGUGGGAACCCUCAAUGCGAUCAUCGGCGAAAGCCUUGGCUGAAGAUGAAUGGAUUGUCGCCAACAUUCAAUGA